UGUGUUGCCAUAGCCUUCUAUUAUACACUAUAUUGCCAAAAGUAUUGAGCUACCCCUCAAAAUAAUUGGAUUCAAGUGUGUCAAUCCCCUGCAUAGCCACAGGCAUGCAGAUUGCUUCUCCAAACAUUUGUGAAAGAAUGGGUCGCUCUCAGAAGCUCAGUGAAUUCAAGUGUGUUACCAUGAUAGGUUGCCACCUGUGCAAUAAGUCCAUCCAUGAAAUUUCCUUGCUACUAAAUAUUCCACGGUCAAGUGUUAAUGGUAUUAUAACAAAGUGGGAGCAACUGGGAACAACAGCAACUCAGCCACGAAGUGGAAGGCCAUGUAAAAUGACACCGGGGGGGGGGUCAGUGCAUGUUGAAGCGCACAGUAUCAUAAGUCUCCAACUGUCUGCAGAGUCAAUAGCUAAAGACCUCCAAACUUUAUGUGGCCUUCAAAUUAGCACAACAGCAGUGUGUAGAGAGCUUCAUGGAAUGGGUUUCCAUGGCCGAGCAGCUGCAUCCAAGCCUUACAUCACUAAGUGGAAUGCAAAGUGUCGGAUACAGUAGGAUAAAGCACGCUGCCACUGGACUAUAGAACAAUGGAGAUGUGU